UGUUGUCUACGUAGGGCGCGUCAGCUUCGUGACGUCACUCUCACGAGCCUCUCAUAUCUAGUGACCUUCCUUAGCGCUCGUGCAGUAGCGUCCGGUGUCCGGAAGGUAAUAAACCGUCUCGAGACCAGAAUCUCGUCUGUUUUUAAAGGCCACAAUGGGUGAUGUUGAGAAAGGAAAGAAGGUCUUCGUCCAGAAGUGUGCCCAGUGCCACACAGUAGAGAACGGUGGCAAGCACAAGGUCGGGCCUAACCUUUGGGGUCUGUUUGGACGUAAGACCGGCCAGGCAGAAGGCUUUUCUUACACGGAUGCCAACAAGAGCAAAGGUAUCGUUUGGAGUGAGGAUACUCUGAUGGAGUACUUGGAGAACCCCAAGAAAUACAUUCCGGGCACGAAAAUGAUCUUCGCCGGCAUCAAGAAGAAGGGCGAGCGUGCAGACCUUAUCGCAUAUUUGAAGUCUGCAACAUCGUAACGCCGUUCUAUCCACAGAGGGCAUAUAGAUAUUUAAAAUAAACGUCUGUAACAUUUUUUUGGUCUUUUAACAAUACCUACUUGAACAAUGUAAGUCAUCACUAAACAUCCUGGACUGUUGAAUUCUGGACAUAAGUGUCGUGACGCACCGCUGAUGCCCGACAGUUUCAGCAAUAUGGGUUCCUGUUGUCUUUCUGUCCUGGUUUUCACAGGAGCUGUACGCUGGUUAAUUUAACUCUAAUGUCUGUAUAUGGAUCGACUUACCCUGUGACUGCCAAUGUUAAUAUGUUUAGCGGUUGUUAUGGUAACUCAUGUACCAGAUGAAAUUAAAGCCCAUUAUUAAAUUAAAAAAACAACUUUUCCCUUUCAUACUUUGUGCAUGUGUCUGUAGAGGUCUUCUACAAUAAAAGGGAUUCUACGUAUCUGUAAAGUCUUGUUUGACAGUCA